UUAGACGACCGGUUGAUCACGGCAGAUCGUCCGAUUUUCCAUCCCCAUUACACAUAGAACCGAUCCACCGUCGCCUUUGUCACUAACCUUGACGGACAUGUUAACAUCCACUCCCUUCGAUUCAUUCAGUCUCAAUCAUGCCUCUCAAAGCAAGCGGCGAGUCGCCUACUUUUAUGAUUCUGACGUGGGCAACUACGCCUACGUCUCAGGCCACCCCAUGAAACCCCAUCGCAUGAGGAUGGCCCACAGCCUGAUCCUCAACUACGGACUCUACAAGAAGAUGGAAAUCUACCGUGCGAAACCAGCCACGAAAUAUGAGAUGACACGGUUCCACUCGGAUGAAUAUAUCGACUUUUUGUUCAAAGUUACUCCCGACACAAUCAGCAAGCACCUAACCGAGCAGGCGAAAUACAAUUUCAACGACGACAACCCCGUCUGGGAUGGCCUGUCUGAAUUCUGCAGUAUCAGCGCAGGCGGUAGUAUGGAAGCGGCCGCCCGUCUGAAUAAUAGAAAGUGCGACAUAGCGAUCAACUGGUCCGGUGGCCUUCACCAUGCGAAGAAAAGCGAGGCGAAUGGUUUCUGUUAUGUGAAUGAUAUUGUUUUGGGAAUUCUGGAGCUAUUACGCUUUCAUCAGCGCGUCUUGUACAUCGAUAUUGACGUGCACCAUGGCGACGGUGUUGAGGAGGCGUUUUACACGACUGAUCGUGUCAUGACCGUGUCCUUCCACCAGUACGGGGAUUUCUUUCCGGGGACGGGCGAUAUCGGCGACAUCGGCGUGCAAGAGGGCAAGAAUCAUUCUGUGAAUGUACCUCUGCGCCCUGGAAUGGAUGAUGUAUCCUACAGUCGAGUGUUUCAGCAAGUGAUUAAAGGCGUAAUGGACUGGUACCGCCCUGACGCCGUGGUCUUACAAUGCGGUGGAGAUAGCCUGUCUGGCGACCGUCUCGGGAGCUUUAAUCUGAGUAUGCGGGGCCAUGCCAACUGCGUUAACUAUGUUAAGAGUUUCAAUCUGCCCACGAUGCUGGUGGGCGGUGGCGGCUACACGAUGCGAAAUGUCGCGCGUACGUGGGCGUUCGAGACGGGUGUCGUGGUAGGGGAAGAGGUCGGCCCGGAUCUUCCUUACGAUGAUUUCUACGGGUACUACGCGCCAGAUUAUGUCCUUGACGUCAAACCAUCGAACAUGCCAAAUCAAAACACCGAUACAUACUUAACGCAAGUAUGCACGAAGGUCUUGGACAACAUCAAAAAGACCAUGACUUUCAGUCCAUCCGUCCAGAUGACAGACGUUCCGCGUUAUCCGCUUAUCCCUGCACUCGACGAAGAAUUCGAAGAUAUUGCUGAUGACGAAGACGAGGAUGAAAAUAAGGACGUUCGCGUUACGCCCCGCCAAGUCGAUAUGCUCCUCGAACACGAGGGCGAGCUGAGCGAUGAGGAGGAAAUGAACCAGAUCAGCAAUGUCCUGAACGCGAUCAAGAAGCGAAAUCAGAUUAAUCAUGGAGAAGUGCUUUCCACUGUCUCUACGACGGAAGCCGAAGCCGAAGCAUCGAAAACAUCGGAUGAUCAGGAAGCCGAUGGGACCGUCAACAGCAGCCAAGACACGCCAAUGACCGAAGCUGAGGUAAUUUUCGACCUUGCUCAGGCGGCCGUAAGCCCGUAACUUUUCUGGUCUGCUUUCUGUUUUUU